AUGUUUCCUGGUGAAGAAAGAGAGUAUCUUAGCUCUGACAGUCUUUGUCCGACCGAAGAUGUAAAUGCUACACAACAAAGAAUAUACUCUCCGGAUGUGCUUAAUGGACUUAAAAUUUCUGGCUUACCAAAUCAUAGGUUGGUGCUAAAAGUUGGUGUUCCAGUAAUGUUAUUACGAAAUAUUGACCAACGGAAUGGUUUGUGCAACGGUACAAGGCUACAAGUAAAAAAGUUGUACAACCGUGUAAUAGAAGCCGAGAUAAUAUCUGGUGCAAAUAUUGGUACUUCUACAUAUAUACCUCGAAUUAAUUUGAUCCCUUCUGAUAAAAAGAUUCCUUUUGCUUUUCAAAGGAGGCAAUUUCCACUUUCCGUAUGUUUUGCGAUGACAAUAAACAAAAGUCAAGGCCAGUCGCUUUCGAGAGUUGGUUUGUACCUGAAACAACCCGUCUUCUCUCAUGGUCAAUUGUAUGUUGCUUUAUCAAGGGUGAAAACAAGAGAUGGGGUCAAACUACUCAUACUUGACAACAAUGGAAAACCGACAGAUAAAACAAGUAAUGUUGUUUAUAAAGAGAUUUUCAACGAAUUAUAA